AGAAAGUAGUUACUGAUACACAUUCGCCUAAAACAGUGAGUUGUUAAGAUGAAGGAGGAGAUAGAGGAACUGUGGGAUGAAGUGAGAGAACUGAGUUUAGGAAACAGUGAGACAGUAGAAAGACUUGAAUCACCACCGACACCACUUGAGUUUCUCAGAAACUUCAUCAACCCAAACAAGCCAUGCAUAAUCUCCAACGCAAUCACACACUGGCCAGCACUCUCUUCAUGGGCCCACCACUCCUACCUCUCCCAAACCCUCUCCUCCGCCACCGUCUCCCUCCACCUCACUCCCACCGGUGCGGCCGAUGCUCUCACUCCUCUUACCUCCUCCCCCUCCACCCUCUGCUUCGCCUCCGCGCACGUCCAGCGCGUGCCUUUCCCCCAAGCCCUUCGCCUCAUCUCUUCUUCCAACCCCUCCAAGUUGGUGGCUUACGCGCAGCAGCAGAACGAUUGCUUUCGUUCUGAGUAUUCUUCUCUUGCUUCGGACUGUGAUCCCCACCUUGGUUGGGCCUCCGAAGCUCUUGGGUCGGUGCCCGAAGCUGUAAACCUCUGGAUUGGGAACCAACACUCUCAAACCUCGUUCCACAAGGAUCACUAUGAGAAUCUCUACGCUGUUGUCACCGGCGAAAAGCACUUCCUUUUGCUGCCACCCACCGAUGUUCAUCGCUUGUACAUUCGUGACUACCCUGCUGCCACUUAUACAUAUUCUUCGGAUACCGGGGAGUUUGAUCUGGAACUUGAUAAGCCAACGAGGUAUGUGCCUUGGUGCAGCGUGGAUCCUUAUCCUUCUGUAGAUAACGUGGAUGCUGAGAUGUCCAAGUUUCCUCUGUAUUUCAAUGGCCCUAGGCCGUUUGAAUGUACUGUGAAAGCUGGCGAGGUUCUCUAUUUGCCUAGUAUGUGGUUCCAUCAUGUUAGACAGAGUGCCAAUGAUGGAGGAUUAACUAUUGCAGUAAACUAUUGGUAUGAUAUGCAGUUCGACAUUAAGUAUGCCUAUUUCAAUUUUUUACAAUCAAUUCAAUACCAAUCUACCCCAAAUCCAAAGAUGCAUGAGACAUUGUCUGAGGAGAUUGAUUCAGGUCCUGAUGAUUAUGACUCUUGAUGAAUUCUCGUUUCUCAUCCCGCGACAGGAAACAAUGAGGGGAAGCAUUAUUUUCCAAAACAUGCAGCUACUUAUUCGUUAUUGGCAUGACUUGUGCCAAAUGCCACCACAAUUUUUGAUCCUUCAUUUGUAUCAUAGCUAUCAAUUUUCCCCGUUAGCAUUUACUUU